AGAAACCGUCAACGUAAACUUGUUCAACGCUAAGACCUUGAUUAUCAAUUCGCGCGGAAAUAUUGCCUCGAAUCGUUUUACCGAUCAAGCAGUCGACCGAAAUCAUGACAUCAACCGAUACGUAUUUCGUCGGCGUUGAUGUCGGUACCGGUAGUGUUCGCGCCGCAUUGGUCACCGAUUUUGGGAAAAUUUUAAGAUGUGCCGUGGAAUCAAUAAAGACGUGGAACCCCCAGCCGGAUUACUACGAACAGUCCUCGGAUGAUAUUUGGAACGCUGUGGUUAAAUGUGUCAAGGUCGUCUCAAAUGGCAUAGAUCCCAAAACUGUGAAAGGGAUUGGGUUUGAUGCCACCUGUUCACUAGUUUGCGUGGAUAAGAAAGGCGAUCCACUGACCGUCAGCUACUCAAAAAGCAACGAACAAAACAUAAUCCUCUGGAUGGACCAUAGAGCGCUUAAUGAAGCCGAACAGAUAAACAGUACAAAUCAUAGAGUGCUCCAGUAUGUUGGCGGGAAAAUUUCGCUGGAAAUGGAGACACCCAAAUUGCUCUGGUUGAAAGCACAUUUACCCGAAGUGUGGAAAAACGCGGGGUUGUUUUUUGAUUUACCAGACUUCCUUACUUGGAAAGCCAGCGGGUCCGAAAGCAGAUCGUCGUGUUCGCUUGUAUGCAAAUGGACGUACGAAAUGAACGUCCAUGGUGUCGAGAACUGGAACGAGUCGUUCUUCGAAGCAAUCGGUUUGGAAGAUUUAGCGCAUGACAAUUGGCGGAAAAUCGGAUCCACUGUAUUACCGCCAGGAACUCCGGUAGGACAGGGGUUGUCAGAAAAAGGGGCUAAGGAAUUAGGUUUGCUUGUAGGCACCCCAGUAGGAACAUCCAUGAUCGAUGCCCAUGCAGGUGGAUUGGGCCUGAUUGGAUGUAGAGCUGACAAUAUUAAAGCCGAUUUUGAAACUAGAGUCGGUCUAAUUUGUGGUACCUCUACGUGUCACAUGGCUGUUUCUCGAGAACCUUUAUUUACCCCUGGGAUUUGGGGUCCUUACAAGAACGCUAUGGUUCCAGGAAUGUGGCUUAACGAAGGUGGUCAAAGCGCAACUGGAAAACUUCUAGAUCAUAUUAUAGACUCACAUCCAGCGACGACCGCCAUUAAAAACAAAAUCGGAAACAUGCAUAUCCAAACUUACUUAAGUAAUGUGUUACACGACCUAGCCAAGAAGCGAAAUUUGAAAUCUGUAGCAUUUCUAACCAAAGAUUUGCACGUGUGGCCCGAUUUUCACGGAAACCGAUCUCCUAUAGCAGACCCAUCUUUAAAAGGCAUGGUUUCUGGUUUAUCCUUGGCCACUGACGAAGAGAGUUUGGCGCUACUGUACCUCGCAACAACUCAAGCAAUUUCAUAUGGUACCAGGCAUAUAAUUCAGAGGCUCCGGAAUUCUGGAUACAAAAACAUUAAAUCGACUCUAAUUUGCGGAGGCUUGAGCAAAAACCGCAUAUUUACGGAAACGCAGGCAGAUGUUUGUAAUUUACCGGUCGUUUGCCCUGAAGAAGCCGAAUCUGUGUUAUUGGGGGCUGCCAUAUUAGGGGCCGUUUCUGCCAAACACUUUCCCACCUUGGAAAAGGCUGUUCAAUCGAUGGGAGGUAAAGGCAUCGCCGUGUUGCCAAAAGCUGACGUUGUGGCAUAUCACGACCGAAAGUAUAAAGUGUAUUUAAAAAUGUACGAUGAUCAAAUGGCUUACAGAAAAAUAAUGCUAUAAUAACCGGAAUUUGUAAGUGUAUUCCCAUAUACACAUCUUUUUGUAGCAAGUUUAUCACUUUAUGAUAUUCUUAAAAUAUAAAAACCCGAAUAUAUCCCUUCUC